GCAUCGUGGGGACGUGCGGGCCUGUGGUUGGGCGUGGGCGUGAACCCUAGCCCCCCAGUGCCCAGCCGCCACACCCCGACCCCUCCCUCCUCCUCACUCCCUCGCCACACUGUCGCACCAUCUCCCUCCUCCCUCCUCCCUCAUCACCAGCCAUCGCAACAGGGGAUUUGCGGCCCCUCCAUCAUCACCAGCCGCAGCACCAGGAGAUUUGCCACUGCCAAGAUCCAGCGCCUUGCAAGGUCCUCGGGUCAGCCUUGUGGCGCAUGCCACUCUGUCGACCAGAUCUACGCCCUUGACUCCCUCUUCUCUCGCGUCACGCGGUGCCCGCUGCUCCACCAUGCCGCGGUUAACUCGUGGAUGACGGGGCCAUGGACUGGUCCUUAAGGAGAGAAGGAAGAUGAGGGAGAGAGAAGGAAGGAGAGUGUACAGAUCUGAAGAUGAAGAAAACAAGAAGAAUUUAGCUGAAGGGGUGAAGAAAAUCAAGGUUUAUUGCUUCUCAUGGGAUGUGAUUAUGGUCAUGCUACUUGUUAUGAAGGCUGAGGUGAGCAUCCUGAACAUGAGCAGGCGAGUGGAUGAUACAGAGAGCUCCUCGAACGGGGAAGUAGCACUGUUGGAGGAACUCGAAGAUGAGAAGGUUCCGAAGUCAUGCCUUUGCCUUACUGUUGUGCUGAUACUAGAUGCAACAUUGUGGACCUCUGGUUCGAGCAUGGCCAGCAUGGCCACGGAUUGUAGGGGAGGAAUGUAUUGCCUAAUGAGUUGUAUGCUUUUCUUCAGAUCCUUUGUGCUCCCUAUCACAUCUGGCUUGGCCACCUACAGAUUCUUGGGUCCAGGUUCCUGAUCUGAAGCGGAGGAACACGAGGUCGCAUCCAUUAAGUGGAAAAAGGGGUUUGCAACGAUUUUCUUCAGUCUGACAAUCAUAUAGUAAUUAGACGGUGUAGUACUAUGGCGGUGGUAUACUGAUUUGGUGUAAGAAUCACUAACAUGAGUUUGCGUGUACAAAUCUUACAGGUUAAUGAUAUUAAGAAUUAGUAGCGUGUUUUUUUGUUUACUGCUGGAUUUGCUAACAAGCUGUCUCUUGGGUUGUUGAUUGAUAUGCAGACUUGCUGUUUUUUGUUCAGUUGAAGGGCCCUCCAGGCUUAAGAUCUUUCGAGGAUAAUUGCGUCAUUGAAUCUGAAGGUUAUGCAAUCUCCUAUGUUGCUGCAUGUUGAUCUUCUGUUUUGUUGUAACUCUGUUUUGCUGCUCGAGGUUUGCUUCCUUUCUUUCUAGCUACAUGUGUAUUCUUUGAUUUCUAGCUACAUGCAUGUUUUCCUUUUGCUCACGGAAUAGUUUACUUAUAUUGAAUAGUAGCAUCUUUGUUAUUACAGACAUAUUAGGCCCGUGCUUCUUCACGGUGGCCAUCUAUUUUUUUGUGUGAAGUGUGCCUUAUGGCUUAAUCUUGUAUAUUCAGUUCUUCUGCCAUUCAACAGUCAAUACCAAGCCAUUUUUAUGGAGCCGAUAGUGUUCUGGUGGUCAGUGGUAACUGAAAAUCUCUUUCAUUAUCAUUGCUUGCUAUGUAGCCAUUUUUCUUCUUUUCGCUUUGCGUUGAUGUGUUUGUUUCUAUGGAGUCUCUGCUACCUUACAAUAUCAAGAUGAAAACUAAGCAUCUGAGUUUCUCGGAGCAGCCCUACACGUGGUUGUUGUGCCUUUUUCCAUUGUGCUUUCGAAAUGCAACAUGACAGUAGUCAAUGUCAUAUAUCAGGGUUGUAAACCUAUUAGAAUUGGGACAGAGGAAAGUGUGAAGAUCUUCUGAUUAUUUCAAAGUAAAAGUUGAUAUUAGUGCCAACUUAGGUGAUCUGGUCCAAAGGGAUAUCUCAGCUUUAUGAGUUGAUAGUAUAUUUGCAUCUAAGAAUAAACCUUAGCUUUUGGACAGAAUUUAUGAGUGAAAGUAUUCUGCUGUAUACAAGCCUUUUGUGCAGGAUUGUCAUGGUUAUUGUGGUUGUCAAUUUUGUUGACAAAAUAGUUCCAAUGGAUAUCUUUUUCGGUGUCGUAUGGUAGAUAUAUUUGGUCUGCUCUUUCAUGUGCUGUUCGGCUUUAUGAUUAAUAUUCCCAGAAAUUUGAACAAAAUUGAGCUAUUAAAUAUAUGUCCCAGGAAAUUUAGAUUAUUACAGUGGGGGCACUCCUUUGCACGGUUUUCAGUACAAGAGAUUUAACCUUUUUUGCAGUAUCAUUCUCCCUGGCAGAUUACAUGUAGGUUGUUUUAAUUACAAGCAUGCCUUCAGCUCAUGGUUCUUAUAUUUUUGAUUUUCCAUAGGAUAAUUUCCUGGAUUAAUAUCUAUACUGGAGAUCCAGGAGUCCACCAGAAUUCAGUCUCCAAGAAGCCUUUCAUCCAGGAUGCACCAAAAUUCAAAUGUUAUGUGAAAAAGCGUGUGUGCUAGAUGUGGCCACUGUCUAGCGUUUUGAUCUGUCCACUCAGGUGCUUUUGUCUAGGUGGUAACACAACAAGUUGCUUAUCUUGUAGAUACUUAUCUUAUGUACAAUCCUAUGUUCGUUCUGUAAGCAUGUUAGAGCAGGAGCUUCUGCCCCUAUGUGAGUUAUCCUAUGGGAAUUACCAACUUUGCAUGUACUUUCGAGUGGGCUGAAUCCAAUGCAAGUUUUUGGAGCAGUUGGGUUCCAGAACAAACGACUAGGUAUUCCCGAAGAGGUCAAUCCACUGGUGGCUAGCAUAAUAUCUUCAUGUUGGGACAACGAUCAAAGCAAACAACCAUCGUUCUACCAGCUCUUGUCAUCGCUGAAGAAAUUACAGUGGUUACUUGUUACAGAAAGCCUAUGACAAUUUGCGAGUGUUGUUUGUGCAGUAUACUGGUUUUAUGGCAGGUGCAUGUUUGAAUUCAGAUGGCAGUGGUUUCCUUGUUUACAGUUAUAAAAAUAAUAAAAAUAUUGAUAAUGGUCUUUCCACUAUUACAA